AAGCUCUUAGACUUCAUUCAGGAAGUUGUAUUCUAAACGUUACCGCGAACGUAUGGCCAUACAGAAGAAAUAUGACGACAUCUUUUCCUGUGUAGUUGGUAAAGCAUUUAUGGAUCCGUCAGUUCGCCCUAGUACACCUUCUGCAGUCAAGUACAGGAUGAGGGAACGCGCAGAGAGCGAAUGCUUACCGGUAAACGCGCGGGUUUGCUUUGAUUCUGAACGCACCACUCCAAGCUCUUAUGGUGACGAAAGUGAAACAAGUUCCAACAGCGAACCAGAUGAGGAAGAAAUUACUUUCGUCGAGCGCAAUUUGUCCUAUGUCAAAUGCUCAUGCGGUAAAUCUUUGAAAGACCAUUCAACCCUUCACAGGCACAUCGCGACUAAGCACACAACUAUGUCUGGCCAUUGUCCGGAAUGUGAUGUUCCCGAAAAGAUUUUGCGAAACAGCCUUGUUUGCAGGGUCUGCAAUAUAUAUUCGGAAGAGCUAGAAGAACAUCUUCGCAUUCAUUACCAAGAUAGGAUCGGUUGCGGUGCAUUGAUGGAAUGUCGCAUCUGUUGCAGAACGUUUCAAACCGUGCACGAGGUUCUUCUCCACGAGCAGUAUUCGCAUGACAUGCAACGUAACAAGACACCUACAAAAUUUCUUUGCGAUUACUGCAAAAUGGAGUUUACCACAAAGCAUCUUCGUGAUGGGCAUCUGGUCAGUCAUUUCGACCAUAUUAUCGGAGAUGUUUGGGAGCGUGUUGAGCAGAUGCAGAGCCAAUUUACCGAUCAACGGUUAGUCAAUCAAUGUCCAAUAUGUUUUCACGUUAUGGGCAGCAGGAAAAGCUUCAAAAUGCAUAUCAUCCAGAAACAUCUGACGAAGAAUCCGGAAACCUUUAUGGAUAUACUCAAUAGACCAUCAUUUACCGAUAAGUUCUUCUUCAUUCUUCAAGAAAGAAAGCUGACCGGUGCUAAUUCUGCAUCUCCACCUGCCACACUUGAUUUAAAAGAGGAAAUAUAG